AUGGACCUAGGUCACAUAGGAAUAAAUCAAAUGCAAAAAACAAUAAGUUCACUGUAUACAGCUGAAAACUUAACAAAGAACAUAAAAAAAACCUGUAAAGAUUGUACGGUAUGUAUAAAAAACAAAUCAAGGGGACAUAACAAAUAUGGAAUGAUGUCUCAUUUGGGCCCGGCUACGAAACCCUUUGAGAUAUGUUCUAUUGAUACAAUUGGAGGUUUUGGAGGUUCCAGGUCCACAAAAAAGUACUUGCACCUACUAUUAGAUCAUUUCACGAGGUAUGCAUUUAUUUUGACAUCAAAAACUCAAAAUGCAAAUGAUUUUAUUAAACUAGUGAAGAACACCGCAGAAACUGACAAUAUUGGCAUGAUUCUCUCUGAUCAAUAUCCAGGUAUUAAUUCAAAGGAAUUUAAAAAAUUUUUAGAAGACCAACAUAUUCAACUAAUUUUUACUGCAGUGAAUUCACCCUUUUCGAAUGGUUUAAAUGAGAGACUAAAUCAAACAUUGGUUAACAAAAUUAGAUGCAAGAUUAACGAAAAAGAUACUAAAGUAGCAUGGACGACCAUAGCACAAAAUUGUGUAAAGAAAUAUAAUGAAACGGAGCAUACUGUCACUAGAUAUGCUCCCACGUAUCUAUUAAAUGGCACCGAUGUUACGAUUUUGCCUAAUGAGCUAAAACCAAAGAAGACAGAGACCAAUUGGAUUCAAGACAGGAAAAAAGCUCUAGAAAAUACACUUCAGUCACACAAUUACAACAAGACACUUUAUGAUAAAAAUCGUAUACACUUCGACUUCAAAGUGGGUGAUAUGAUUUUUGUGGAAAAUGGCAACAUGCUAAAUAGGAAAAAGCUUGAUGAACUGAGAAUCGGACCAUACAGAAUAAUGGAAAAAUUGUCUAACACGAUUUACAGGAUCAACUCCGGUUAUAAAAAAGCAGAGUCUAACUUUUUCCAUAUCUCAAAAUUGGUUCCAGCUCCGAUGCUUGACGAAGAUGACUAA